CUGACACAAACAGGGUUAAGUUACUUGCCUAGGGUCACGCGGCUAGGAAGUGUGGAGGCCAUAAUAGAACUCAGGUCUUUAUGACUCCAGGCACAGCUGUCUGAUCCAACACCUGCUGGAGUGGGGGAUUGGAUCAUCAGUUGAAAAUGCAUGAUUUGAAUAAGGAUCAAGAAAACUUCUUUGGAAUUAAUAAUGCACCUAUUACAUGUGUUGAAUAUUGUCCAGAAGUGAAUGCUAUAGUUACUAGAAGUUGGGAUCCCAGAACUCCUUGUAAUAGAGAAACCUUUUCUCAGUCAGAAAAGGUUUCCAUGCCCUCUGUUUGGAAACAGAUUAAAUGUGGGGACAGAGGGUCAGAGAAUGUUAGUCAGAGUAGAGAAGAGUCUAGUCUGAAAUACCAGAUUUGUUGCAUAUGGGCAUUUCCAAACAAACUUGGUUAUGUGUUGAGCUCUAUUGAAGUCGGAGUGGCAGUUGAAUAUUUGGAUCCAUGUCCCGAGGUUCAGAAGAAAAAUUAUGCAUUCAAAUGUCACAGACUGAAGGAAAAUAAUAUAGAGCAGAUUUAUUCUGUCAAUGCCAUUUCCUUUCAAAACAUUCACAAUACAGUUGCUACAGCUGGAUCUGAUGGAUUUGUUAAUAUUCAGGAUCCAUUCAAUAAGAAACGAUCGUGUCAAUUCCAUCAGUAUCCCAGUAGCAUAGCAUCACUUGCCUUCAGUAAUGAUGGGAACCCAUUUGCAAUAGCAUUAUCAUAUAUGUAUGAAUGGAUGUCACUGAACAUCCUGAAGAUGGUAUCUUUAUUUGCCAAGUGACAGAUGCAGAAACAAAGCCCAAGGAAACAAGGAAAAAGGUUUGGAGUGAUUUGCCCAAGACCUCAGAAUGAAGAAAAGAAGCCACACAUGGCCACAAGGACAAUAAUUAAGGCUUAACUUUAUGUUCCCUACUUCUCCUGUUUACCUAACUUGAAACUUUCUGACAAUAUAUGUCUGUUGAACAAUACUUAAUAGUACUAUAAAAAUCGAUUUUUAGCUAAAAAGAAAAUAGAGCUUUAAGGCUUAUAAAGUGAUUUUUAAAGUGAUACAUUAUAUGUGUAUAUGUUCAUAUACACACAUACAUAUCUAUAAAAUAUAUAAUUGCUAGUUAUCUUCACAACUCUGUGAGGUGUUAUUAUUCUUUUAUUCCCAUUUUUCAGAUGUGGAAACAGAGGCAAACAGAGGGUAAGUGCAUUGCCCAGGGUUAUACAGCUACUAAGAAGCUAAAGUAGAAUUUAAACUCGUCUGCCCAGAGUCUUCUCUACAUUGCAGAAUAAUAUUCACUCUAUCAUUUCCCCAGUUUCUCAUCACUCCUAUUUUUUCAUUCAUAAUGCUUUAAUUUUAUGGACACAAGCUGAAUUUACACACACAUAUCAUGGAUAGAUCUAUAAAUGUCUACUUUGCAAUGAAAUGUAGCUCAACAACUUAACUAAAAAUAUCUUUUUUCUCAUCAAAUAAGAUGGGUCUUAUGGGGUUAAGUGGCCAAAAAAGAUACACUUUAUCUCAAAUAUUAUUCUGGGGAUUCAUCUGUGUGGUGUGGUUAAUUAUAAAACUUGGGGGCAGCUGGGUGGAUCAAUAGAUUGAGAGCCAGACCCAGAGACAGGAGGUCCUAGGUUCAAAUCUGUUACCCUGGGCAAAUUGCUUAACCUCCAUUGCCUAGCCCUUCCCAUUCUUCUACCUUAGAACCAAUACACAGUAUUGAUUCUAAGAUGGAAAGUAAGUGUUUAAAUACAUAUGUUAAAUAUAUUUAUUAAACAUAUAUUGAAAAUAAAUUAUCAUAUUAUAUAGAUCAUAUAUUAAAUAUAUUUAAAUUAAAUUUAUAUAUAUUAAAUAUAUGUAUAUAAAACUUCUUUCUCUGACUUCUUCACUUCUACUUUCAAAGAUAUAACAAAGUUUCAAUAAUGUCUAUGUGGGUACUUGUGGGGGAAAGUGUUUGAGAUACUGUGUUGCUCUCUUUUCCCCACCCCCUCUGUC